CAAUGUCAAAUCAAAUUUAAAUAUGAAAAAAAUCCGAAAAUCCUAAUAAACAAUUAAAAUUUUCUUUUAAAACAAUUGUUAAUACUAUAAACAAAAUAAGAAUUUACUUUAGAAUUCUGUAAUAUUUUGGUUAGAAGGUACAAUUGUUUUGCUUUUUCAUAUAUCGCAUAUCGCUAUAACAUACACUUCAGAGUCAAAUAUUACUAUUUACUAUAAUAAAUAAAUAAGUGAAAUAAGUGUUAGCUUUCACUGAAAGGAAUGGCUGGUGAUGGAAGCACUGGAGGUGGGUCACAAGUGGCCCUUGUGACUGGAGGAUAUGACCAUACUAUUAAGUUGUGGCAAGCACACAGCGGAGUAUGCCUACGCACCAUGCAGCAUCCAGAUUCACAAGUGAAUGCAUUGGAGAUCACUCCUAAUGGACAAAUGGUGGCUGCAUGUGGAUACCAACAUAUCCGUAUGUACGACCUGGCUAGUGCUAACCCUGACCCUGUUAUGAAUUUUGAGGGUGUCACCAAGAAUGUUACAAGAGUUGGAUUUCAGCAAGAUGGCAAAUGGAUGUAUACUGGGGGUGAGGAUUGCACAGCAAAAAUAUGGGAUCCAAGGGCCGGCCGCCAGUUGCAGUGCCAAGGUAUCUUCCAGGUGCCGGCGCCAGUGAACGCGGUGGUGCUUCACCCCGACCAGACACAGAUCAUGGUCGGCGACCAGAGUGGCAUCAUACACAUGUGGGACCUGAGAACAGAUCAGAACGAACAAUUGAUACCAGAAGCAGAGGCGUCCAUCCAAGACAUAGCGAUCGAUCCUGAGGGCAAGCUGAUGGCGGCCGUUAACAACAAAGGCAACUGUUAUAUCUGGUCAUUGUGCGGCGAGCCGCCGCGGCCUGUGCCCAGGAAACAUAUACAGGCGCACAAGAAGUACGCACUCCGGUGCAAAUUCAGUCUUGAUUCCACCAUGUUGGUGACGACAUCUGGCGAUUGCUCGGCGAAAGUGUGGCGGACGUCGGACUGGUCGCUGCUGCGUGAACUGCGCCACGACUCCCAGCGGUGGGUGUGGGACGCCGCGUUCAGCGUUGACUCGCGGUAUCUCUUCACCGGUUCCUCGGAUAGCUACGCGCGACUCUGGGACGUAGAGAAGGGCACACUCGAACGUGAAUACUGCGGACAUCAAAAGCCCAUCACAGCGCUCGCUUUCAGAGACCAAGCUGCCUAGUCUACACUACAUGAUUGCAAUUAAUUUGCAAUUAACAAAUGCAGUCGAAAAAUAAAACAGACUUUUAUAGAACUGUGCAGACUGAAGAAUAUAUACAAGAACACAGGUGUUUUAUUUCGACGGGCCAAAAAGUAUGCCUAGUUAAUUUAAUUAAUUCGCUAAGGUUCUUUAAUAAAUCGUUAAAUCGCCAUCAGCGUGUGGUUUUUUUU